CUUCAAUGGCCGAAUUCAUGACUGCUUUGCCGCAAUUGCCUAACGAUGGGAACCUUCAGCAUUCACCUGGUACCGGUGGUUCCAUAAGUCCUGGAGCACACCUUCCUCCCUAUCAUGGAAUGAUGGAUCAUCACGGAGUAACUGAUCCAUCUGGUGUCAACGUACCUGAAUAUCCUUGGAUGAAGGAAAAGAAAACCACUAGAAAGAGUACGAACUAUAAAAAUUAUAAUGAAAAUGAUUUGUGUUAUUUUAUUGUUGCAGAAAAUGGUCUUCCAAGAAGAUUGAGAACUGCAUAUACAAACACGCAAUUGUUAGAAUUGGAAAAAGAGUUUCACUUUAACAAAUACCUCUGUCGACCACGACGAAUUGAGAUCGCAGCGUCGCUAGAUUUGACGGAACGACAGGUAAAAGUAUGGUUCCAAAAUCGACGAAUGAAACAUAAACGACAGACAUUGAGCAAAGAGGACGGCGACGAAAAGGAUGGUUCGACGUCCGACGGCAUGGAAAAGACGAAAAACGAUAAGAUUUUAAGUAUCGAUGCUGAUGAGAAGAAAAGCUGUCACAACUGUGAUAUUUCUGGGGUCGAAAAAAUGAUGGCCGACGAUGACUCAAGGUCGCAGGAUGGCAGUGAAGUGACCUCGCCGAGCGUCCCGACGAAGAAACUUUCGAACAACGAAGUAAGGAUCAAGGUCGAAAGUGGACACAAGAGUCCAAACGCAUCGAAACAAAUUUCUAUAAGCAAAAAGUCACCGUCCGCAAAUUCGAAAGAAAUAUGUUCAGUAAAUAGUAACGGUGUUCUUCUUGCUAUGCCUGAUUCUACUGUCAGUACGCCGGUCUUGCCAGGUCAAAGUUCAGCGAGAAGCCUGACACCUUCCUCCACACCUGGAACACCAGCCUCCGUUCAGCUUCAACAAGGAAGUCCACUCAGUAUGCAACAAACGCAUACAGCAUACAUGCAAAGACCACGAAGUUCUCCGUCGUCAACAACUUCGGUGCCAGCUAUAAUGCACGGAUCGGCGAAUCCUGGUACUAUGUCGCCUCACGCUGCCAUAACCAUGGCAACGAAUCAAAAUCAUUUUCAACAACAAAACGUUUAUCAAUCAAAUCUCGGUGUUGAUUAUAGAAACGGUGUUCCAACGAAUAGACAAACUGUUCCUCCGGUUGUUCAACAAACUCAAUCUCAGAACAGUUAUUGUAUCAGACAGAGAUAUCAACAUACUAGAAUUCCAUAUUCCAACGAAGUUCAUCCGUAUAGACAAAAUCAGACAGUCGUCUCGCGGAUGAGCCACGCGAGAGUGACCGGUCCUAGAAACGUCUACGGUUCGAACAUGCAAUUUCAUCAACAACAAAACCAAUAUGGAAAUACUGCCGACUAUAAUGGAUAUCCUCAAAGUGAAGCAACGUAUCAUGCAUCGUAUCAUAGAAACAUGCAAAGCGGAGGUGCUUACAAUACCGCCCAAGGCUAUUCCAAUCCACAAGCCGAACAACCGACGGAAGGAUAUAUGAAUUCUGGAAAUUAUGGUUAUACGAGCACAGGUUAUCAUCCCAAUAGUGAAAAUCUUGCAUCUCACGGUCAUACCAAUGUGUCUACGCAAAGCGGACAACAACAUUAUUAUAACGAAAUUCCACAUCAGCAACAACAGCAACAACAACAACAACAACAACAACAACCACAACCACAACCACAACAGCAACAACAACAGGCUGAAAGUUAUGUCGCUCAUCCGCCAACAAUGCAUUCCACUGCCAGUGAUUACAGAACCAAUAAUAAAUGUCACCCUAACACUUAUUAUGAACAAACCAAUCAGAUGCACGUUCAUCAGGGUGGCGAGGCAUCUAAUAUACCAAACAGUUAUGUGUCCUCACCAGAUCCAUUCCCAGCACCCGGAAUGACCACCACAGCGACUGCUAUUGCAGCAGCAACCGCUGCUGUCAUCACGCCACCCGGUAGCACGGGACAAGCCGACGGAAGUACGGAUUAUAACAAUUACGGUAAUUUUUACGGUGAACCCGUUCACACGACUGCACCACCACCGUCGGCCGACAACAGCAAUAGCUCCUCAGACUUCAAUUUUCUCAGCAAUCUCGCCAAUGACUUUGUACCAGAAUAUUAUCAGCUCAGCUGA